AUGGCGGAUUACCAAUAUGAUCCUCCGGCCCAGCAACGUCCGCCUCCCCGAGGCUACCCCGACCCGAACAACUAUCAACGAGACACCGCCUUCUCCAACAUCUUUGGGGCCGCUCCCCCCCCGGGCCGAUCUCAGACCAUGUCUUCCUCCAAUGCCCCCCCAAUGAUGGAUCAAGGUAGGACACAGACAAUGUCCUCCCCCAUGGUGCCGGGUAUGCAACGUCAGCCCCCGCCACGGCCGCAGCAAGCCUAUCACGGCGAGCGAGACCCGAUGGCACAGAGACCUCGGCACUACGACCCAAACGCCGGCGGCGGCCACGUCCCAGGGCCGCGGUCCGCCUCUGCAGAGCAUCAAGUCUCCCGCCACGCCCACCACAUGCAGCAGAACCAGCCAAGACGACCGUACCAAGGGCCAGGCGGUGCCCAUCCUCAUCCUCCUCGGAUGGAGUUGCGAGGACCACCACCGCUAGCUGCAGGAGCACGAUACGGACCCCAGCCCAUCUACCAAGGCGGGCCAAGACCUGCGCUCAACAGCGACCCUUAUCGUUCGCAGUCCCUUGCUUCCACCUCUCGACAGCAACCGUACCACCAACCACCGACUUCAUUCCACCAGUCUCCCGCAAACCAGUUCCGCCAAGCCGCCUAUUCCAAUCACAGCUCGGCGAGGACAACCGCGCAAGGCAGAGUCGUUCCCGAAAGGCAUCACGACGAUCGUUCCAUGUCAAUGACGGGCUCCUACUAUCCCACGGAUCGGGAUUCUCAUCAAACAAUGAGUGGCCGGGUCAUCCCCAAUCGACGAGCCCCCAACGAGGCCGCCGUAUCAUCCAAUGGUUUCUCGCCCAAUGGGGUCUAUCAAACAGCGCCCGGAACCCAGACUCGCACCGCCAGCAUGGUGUCCUCGACUGGUUUUCCCGAACAUGUCAGAACAAUGUCCAUGGCCUCGACCGCUGCCUCUACGAUAUCGCCGUCCGACUCGGACGCUUCCACGCUUACCGGCCGGCCUUCUAGAAGCAAAUCCAUUGAAAGCGAGCGGCCGCACACGGCGACCAAAAUCCGGCCACCGCUCGUUUACCCUGCCUUGCUGUCUAGGGUUGCCGAAUGCUUUCGACGGAAAAUCAUCACUGGAGACCGAACCAAGAACGAACUCACUUACAAAAACGCCUUUAGCGGGUCCGAGGCUGUGGACGUCUUGUCGUACAUUAUCAGAACAACGGAUCGGAACUUGGCCUUGUUGCUGGGUCGCGCAUUAGAUGCUCAAAAGUUCUUUCACGAUGUCACCUACGAGCACAGAUUGCGGGAUUCGCAGGCCGAGAUGUACCAAUUCAGAGAAAGCUUGAUGGAAGAUCCGGAAGAAAAGCCGGCAGUCAAUGGUGUCUUCGUCCUGUUGUCGGAAUGCUACUCGCCGACCUGCACGAGGGAUCAGCUGUGCUAUUCAAUUGCCUGUCCUCGACGGUUAGAACAGGUUUCUAGGUUGAACCUGAAAAUCAACCCCGGCCUAAGAAAAGACGUGGCUACCAACGUGAACGAUGAUGAAGCAGAUCAAACAGAUGAGCAGAAGCUUUGGAUCAACUCGGUGCCAAAGGAAGUGGCUGAUGCUGUUGGUGAACGCGAGAAGAAACGGCAAGAGGUCAUCUCGGAAAUCUGCUACACUGAAAGAGACUUUGUCAAGGAUCUUGAGUACCUGCGCGACUUUUGGAUUCUGCCCCUGCGAUCAAAGGCGUCGCCCAUACCGCUGCAACGCAGGGACAAGGUUGUCAAGAACAUUUUUAGCAACAUUGUCGACCAUCCCAGCAUCCACACCGUCAGCUCGCGGUUUGCUUCCUCUCUCACGGGCCGACAACAAAAGGAACCUAUUGUGCAAAACAUCGGCGACGUUUUCCUGGAGUACGUGCCGCAGUUUGAGCCAUUCAUCUGGUACGGCUCCAGACAGUUGGAAGGCAAAUUCGAGUUUGAGAAUGAGCGUUCUGUCAACCCAUUCUUUGGCAAGUUUGUGGAUGAGAUAGAGCGUCGCAAGGAAUCCAGAAAACUCGAACUGAACGGCUACCUCACCAAGCCAACCACCCGCUUGGCCCGAUACCCGUUGUUGCUGGAGAACGUGCUCAAGUACACGGAGGAUGGCAACCCGGACAAGGAGGAUAUCCCCAAAGUCCUGACCAUGAUUCGAGACCUUCUUGGGAGAGUGAAUGCCGAGUCCGGAAAGGCGGAGAACAGAUUCAACCUGCGACGGCUGCACGAGCAACUGCGGUUCAGGCCCAACGAAAGAGUCGACCUGAGACUCGCCGAGGACGGACGCGAGCUGGUGUUUAAAAGCCAGUUCAAGAAGUCUCCGACUGAUCCGGCGGAAAUCACGGCCUUUCUUUUCGACCAUGCUGUUCUGCUCGUGCGUGUCAAGCAAAAUGGCAAGAACGAGGAAAUCAAGGCUUACCGACGACCCAUUCCCCUGGAACUGCUGGCCAUCCGUGAAAUGGACGAGGUCAUUCCCGGACAAGGAAUCAAGCGUUCAUCGUCUAGUCUAAUUCCGUCAAUAAGGGCCAACAAUGCCGACGCCAAGAAGGGAGAAGGAUGGCCCAUAACGUUCCGCCAUCUGGGCAAAGCGGGCUACGAGUUGACGCUUUACGGUUCCAACCAGGCGGCUCGCAAGAAAUGGUUGGAGUUUAUUGACAAUGCUCAACAGCGCCUUCGCGCUCGUGCAGACUUUUUCAACACCACUAUUAUCUCGAGCAACUUUUUUGGGGGGACCAACCAGAUCAACUGCGUCACGCCUUUCGACGGCGGGCGCAAGCUCCUGUACGGUACGGACAAUGGCGUUUAUCUCUCUGAUCGCAAGAACAAGGAGCAGAUUCCGAGAAGAGUGCUGGAAACUCCCAAUGUCACGCAAAUCGACAUUUUGGAGGAGUACCAACUCCUGCUGGUGUUGUCGAACAAGACAUUGCAAUCUUACUCUGUAACUGCGCUCAAUCCUGACGAACCCGCCAUGACGAAGAGACCCAAGAAGAUACAAAACCACUGCAGCUUCUUCAAGACUGGCAUCUGCUUGGGAAGGCACCUGGUGUGCUGUGUCAAGUCGUCUGCCUUGUCGACCACGAUCAAGGUGUUUGAACCCAAUGAUGCCAUGACAAAGGGCAAGAAACAAAAGGGCCUCGGCAAGUUCAUGGCAGGUGGCCAUGAUGAGCUCAAGCCGUUCAAAGAGUUCUACAUACCUACGGAAUCAUCCUCGGUGCACUUCCUCAAGUCCAAGCUCUGCGUGGCAUGUGCCCGAGGCUUCGAAGUCGUCUCACUCGAGACCCUGGAGACGCAGUCGCUUCUGGACCAGGCCGACACGUCGCUGGACUUUGUCGCCCGCAAAGAAAACGUCAAGCCCAUCCACAUCGAACGUCUGAACGGCGAAUUCCUGCUCAACUACUCGGAGUUUUCGUUUUUUGUCAACCGCAACGGGUGGCGAGCACGACCCGAAUGGCGCAUCGACUGGGAGGGCACGCCUCAGAACUUUGCCCUCAGCUAUCCAUGGAUUCUCGCGUUUGAGCCAAACUUUAUCGAGCUACGCAACAUUGAAAACGGCGCCGUACAUAUAGUACCUCACAAGAACAUUCGCAUGCUUCACAGCAGCACUCACGAGAUCCUGUUUGCGUACGAAGAUGAGAAAGGAGAGGAUGUGGUCGAAGCCAUUGAUUUUUGGAAGAAUGACCGACGUUCGCAGCUUUUGGGUGGCUCGUCUUUAGCUCAUCCCAGCAAUCCUUGA